AUGAAAGUGGAAAACCAGAGCUCCAGUCCUUUACCCUUUUGGUCUAGGAAUCGGCAAAUCCAUUAUUAUUUAGGAAACCCUGUAAAAGAAAAAACUAUUUAUAUUGCAGCAGGAAAACCAAUUUCUGCAAUCCCACCACCAGCAGAAACUCUCAAUAAUCUGUCAUGCAUGCAGCUUCCAUUUUCUGAUCUUCAGCAGAAUCAUCAGAUGUCUCCUUUUCAGCAGACAUCACAAUCUGCGAUUAACAAUCAUCCACAGACAGGCUUUAGGCAAAUAAACUCAUCACAACAUGCUCCUUAUAUUCAUCAGAAUGCAUCAUCAAUUCCACAGAGUCUGCUAAUGCAAUCGCAGAAGCAUGUUGUGAUGAGGAGAAGAUUAGCUGCCACCACUCUACAACAGAAUCAGUCAACUUGCCUCGACUUUCCGCAGCAACAACACAUUAACACAUACCAGCUGAAUGAUGCACAACAGCAGUUACAUAGACAGAACCUUAAUCUUUCGGGUCCGCAUCAUGAGCAAUUGAGCCAAAGAAACAUUAUCUCUAUACAGCAACAAACUCUUGAGAGACAGUUGAAUUCUUCACAGGUAGAGAAGAUGCAAAGGCAGCAAAACCGAGUAGAACAAGAUGAGCAGCAAACACAUCAAAUGGCAGGAAUGCCAGCUUCCACAUUAUUAAUGGAAGGGGAGGUCUACCGAAAGGUCCAAAUGCUAAAACGCAAGUAUGAAAGACCACUGAAAGUUAUCUUCCAAAGGUUCACAUAUUGUCUCCAGAACCUAGAUAGACACAGUAUCAACAAACUUGAAGUAGUAAACAGCUUGUAUCAGACUGUCAAGUCUAUCCUUAGGAUGCUGAAUGUGCCAGAAAGAGACACUAUGCCUACUACCAAGGAGAAGUUGGGUCUACUUGAGAAGAAAAUCGAAGACAUUCUCCACCCAUGUGGAAACCAACAGCGUCAAUUGGUGCAAAUUAUUGAUUCUCGGACUCUUCAAGCUCAGACAAACCAAGAGGAAAAGAAGCCACCAACGCAGACAGUGAAUAUAGAAUGUUUUGCAACAAAGAUGCAGCAGAGCAAUGUGACAAACUUGAUGAUGAACGAUUCUCAGCCUCUGAUCGAGAAACAUGGCAGAAAACAUUUGCCAAGAAACUUGACUAGGAAAGAUUCAGAUCAAGCAAGUUCGUCCGGGUACUUGACAAUGCCUACAAGUAGUCCCCAACAACAAAAUGUUAUGACCUUGUUGUCACAAAACCCCAUUCAGUCAAAUGUCAAUAAUUUGGAGUCAAGAUUUAGUGUACCUCGAUAUGUGCACCUGACGCAAUCUAAAGAACAGCAGGAUGUGCAAACUCAAAAACCAAAACAGCAAUUACUGCAGGAGAAUCACCGGCUGGUGAAGUUGCAGUCUGAAGCUUUUCCUAAUCCUUUGCGGGAAGAUCAUAAUUCUUCCAGUCAACAAGUUCCUAAACAUACUUGUCAGAGUGAAAAGAUCAACCUUCCAAUGCAUCUUACAAAAGUUAGCAGUCCUUUCAAUUCACCCUCUAGAAUUUCUUCUUUGGCUCCCAAGGCUUCAUCACCUAUGUCAGUGGACUCUGAGAAACCUAAGUCAGAUACUCUGUCCAACUCAAAUGCUGGAAAUAUUGGAGAUGAACAAGUAAAAGGUGCAACAGAAGCCCCAUCAUUAAGUACUCCUUUACUUGAAAAGUCCAACGAUGACAUAUGUAGUAAUAAGUCCACAGUAGAUUCUGAUGCGGUGCAGCCUAUUCAUCAAUUAAUUAAUGUGGUGAACUCCAUGUCAUCUAAAGCACCAAGUGCUUCUGCUUCAGUCAUUGCUUCAGUAGCGUGUACGACUGAUAGGAUGAAAAUGAAGCGCCCGAGAAGUACAUUGCCAAUUAUUGAUGCUGAUUCAGAAAGUGGGAUAUGUCAUAUGAUGAAAAGGCCCAGGCUUGAGGUGAACCAAACCCUCUUAGAGGAAAUUAGAGCAAUCAACAAACGACUAAUAGACACUGUACUAGAUAUUAGUGACCAAGAGACUGCUCCAUCAGUUAAGGAUGGUGAACGAACUAUUGUCAGGUGCUCCUUCGUUGGUGUGGCCAUCAGUCCUAAUCUGAUGUCAUCUCCAAUGUUUCCACUCCAGCCUUUAAGAUUGCUUGUGCCUGCAAACUAUCCAUUCAGCUCUCCUAUAUUUCUGGACAAGUUGACAGUGCAAGUCAAGGAUGAGCUGGAAGAUCUCUCAGCAAAGGUCAUGUCAAAGCUAAGUCACUCUCUCCAGACCCUAGCGGAGCCCUUAUCUCUUGGGGAGAUAGCAAGGGUAUGGGAUACAUGCACCCGAGCGGUUGUCUGUGAAUACGCACAACAGUCUGGGGGAGGAAGCUUCAGUUCCAAGUAUGGAACCUGGGAAGAUUUCCUCACUGUUCCUUAA